AUGUUAGUUGGUCAUUUGUUAUCUGCAGCUGGUCUUCUAUUGGCUUCAGGUGUGUUGGCCAAUCAAGUGCCUCAGAUCGACUUCCUCGUCCGCAGAGGUAAUAGUUACUCCGAAAGUAAAUUUGGAGCCAACUUUGAAAUCAAAGAAGUCUUCAAUGCUAAAAGAAAUGAAAUCGAAUUGAUAUUGACAAAUCAAGGAACUUUUUACCUGGCCGAAGUUACCGUUGGCUCCAAUAACCAAUCAAUGGAUGUUCUUAUCGAUACCGGGUCUUCAGAUUUCUGGUUACUUUCAUCCAAUGUUGUUUGUGUUGAUAGGAAUUGGUUACUGACGGUUAGUCCAUCUAUUAUAACUCAAUCUCCUUUGUCAAAAAAAAGAGAUUUGAAUAGACGUCAACAUCCAACUCCAAUUAAAAGACCUAUUAAAGCAGUUAUUAGUGACGUUGGUCCAGCUUCAGCUGCUCAAACAGAUAUACAAACAUUAUCAACUUAUUCUACAACCAAUACUUGUACUCUGUAUGGGACAUUCAACACUGGAACUUCUGAUACUUUUAAAGCCAAUUCAAGUAGCUAUGACUUUUAUACCUCGUUCCUUGAUGGAACCGAAGUAGCAGGUGUAUGGGCUGUGGAUAAUGUUCUCAUUGGUGGUAUUUCCCUUGAGAAUGUCACUUUUGGUGUAGGAGAAGUUGCUACAUCUUAUCCAGGACUUUUGGGUAUUGGUAUGGAAGGGUUAGAAUCAACCAAUUCAGGUCCUAAUCCUUAUACUUAUGUUAACUUCCCUGCUAAAUUGGUGGAAGAAGGAUUAAUCAAAAGAAAUGCUUUUUCCCUUUAUUUGACUGAAUCAGGUGGUACAGUUUUAUUUGGAGCCGUGGAUACAGCCAAAUUCCAAGGUUCAUUAUUCUCUCUCCCAUUGGUGAACACUUUAGAAAACCUUGGGUACACCAAACCUAUAGAGUUUUCUGUGGCCUUGUCAGGUAUGAGCUAUAACAAUAUAACCAUCUUCAAUUCUAACUUUGCUGCUACUCUUGAUUCAGGUACAACCUUAUCAUACUUCCCCGUUUCUAUUAUGAACAACCUUGCCAGUACCUUAGGAGCAGUGUAUGUUCCAAGCGUGCAACUUUAUGCUUUAAGUUGUCCCACGACCUCACAGAAUUUGACAUUCGAUUUCAAUGGAGGCGAAAUCAAUAUUCCAUUGAACAACUUGAUUUCUAGAAUUUAUGGUCAAUGCUUCCUUAACAUUUUACCCAAACAAGAAGGUGAUGCUAAUUUCCUUCUAGGUGAUAACUUCUUGCGUCAUGCUUAUGUUGUUUAUGAUGCUGAUGCCUUAGAAAUUGCCAUGGCUCCUAUCAAAGACACUACCGAAAGUAACAUUCUGGUACUUUCUGAGUUUGUUUCUGCCACUCCGGUGGCUGGCUACUCUAAUACUAAAGUAGCCACCACUGAUUCUUCUCAGAGCUUUCAAUCUACUGCUACCAAACUGCUGGUUUCUCAAACGUCGUCCAAAAAGAAUGAUGGUGGCAUUAUCAAUGCCUCGUCUACUUCUCUGAUGUUUGUUUUCUUAUUGAGUAUAUUCACUUUUAUUAUGUAA